UCCAUGCUGGUACACCUUAGGGAUAUUGUAUGCUGGGAGACAGGCAGCACAGUGGAUUAAACAAUAUAUCAUCAUGAUCUCUGGAACUGCAGAAUACAUGUUUGUGCUGCUUUAACACGCGUCAAGAUCUCAUUUCAUUGAUUGUCAGCAUGGGUGUCCAAGGACUUACAAGCUUUUUAGGGUCUAACAUACAUCUGUUAACUGAUCUGAAGUUGAGAAGCACUAAACUAGUUAUCGACGGUAAUAAUCUUUACCACAAAUUGUACUUAGAUUCUGGCUUGGAACAAGUACAUGGUGGUAAUUAUGAUUCCUUCACUAAUCUUAUAUACAAAUUCUUUGAAAGUUUGUCGAGGUGUGAAAUUAAUGCGUAUGUUGUGUUUGAUGGUGGAUGUGACAUAUCGGACAAAAAGCUUGAGACACAAAAGCAACGGAUGAAGGAGAGGAUCAGAAAGGCUCAAAGUCUCUCUAAAGGGGAAAAUGGCCAGGUACUGCCCCUGAUGGUGAGGGAUGUUUUCAUAAAGGUCUUGACAAAGCUGCAAGUGAACUUUGUUCAGUGUUUCUCUGAAGCUGACCAAGAUAUAGCAGCAUUGGCCAAUGUGUUGGAUUGUCCUGUACUGACCUUAGAUAGUGAUUUCUGUAUUUUUUACUUAAAUGCUGGUUACUGCCCCUUUUCUUACUUUCAGUGGAGGAAUAUCAACCCUUCAACCAGUGAAAAUGAUUGUUAUAUACCAGCAAAAUGUUUCUCAGCUAAGUAUUUUUGUAAUUACUUUAAUAUAAACAUGUCUUUGCUUCCUCUUUUUGCUACGCUAGCUGGGAAUGAUUACAUGAAUACCACAGCUUUGGAGAAGAUUUUUAGCAAAAUACGUUUAUGUAUAGGCAGCCAGAAAUAUAGUGGGAAAAAACACGGACACAUUCAUUAUCUGUUAGACUGGCUGCCUGCUUUUGCUAAUGCAGAGGAAGCUAUAAUUUAUGUGAUGAAUAAACUUCGGGAACAGGAUCGUGAUGCAGUCCGUGAAUUCCUGACUUUGGCCAUGGCAGAUUAUGACUUGCAUGAUGUCCAAAACCUUGCAUGUUUUUUCAACAAAGGUUCUUAUUUCUCCUCAACCGCAAUCAAGCUGAACUUGCCAGAUUGGGUCCAAAUUGCCCUAGCAAAAGGACUGCUGGCACCGAUGAUUAGUGAUGUUCUACUGCUUAGGAGGACAUUUCUUCAUGUUCAAGUUGAAGAUAUGAGGCGGGCAUCUGCUCACAUGAUAACACAACCAAUCCGCCAGGUUAUGUAUGGGCUGAUUUUGAACUUCUACCAUGAUACAAUAGCCAGUCAUGAAACACAGCAGUCUGGCAAAUUCUUCAUAGAGGAGUUUGAUAGGCUAGAAAACCAUCUGAGGAAAACAAGUGUUGAAGCAAUUAGCAUGUCAAGAGAAUUUAGUGAAGAUCUCUCAUUGCAGAAACUACCAGAGGUCUCUUUGGAAACUCGUUUAUCAAUGUUUGUGGUCACCUUUGGCGUGAAGAUGAGCACACUAGAAUCUGUGCCCCCUGCUCAUCGCCUUACAAUUGCCACCACCUGUUACUGGGUUGCAAAUUCCAGUUCCAAAGUGAGGCAGCACCACUUGAAGGCACUAGUAAUGGGACUUGUAUAUGGAGAGGCAUGUGAAAUGAUGACUAAACCAGAGUUGCAUGGCGAGGACAUACGACUAGUGUAUGAGAAAUUGAGAAACAUCAAGAAAGGACAACAAUGUGGACGACGUCGUCAUGGACAUGACGAUGGUCCCAAUGUAGAAGAUCUUCAUAUAUUCUGCCAGUGGCAAUGCUGCUUCCAGACCGGCCUGCAUUUUAAUCAACUCCUGUGUACACCACUGCAAGAACCUGAUAUAACCAGGAUCUACAAUGGGCCUCUUGUUCACCAACUGUGCCAUAAACUGAAGACAUUAUCUUCAACAGAAGACCUGUUUAAUCCUUCUCCUAUGCUGGACAAACUGUACCGCAGCUUGAUACAAGCUGUUAUGUCUUCUUUACCUCCAGAUCAUUUUCAGAGCAAAUCUAAAUCCAAGUCAGGCAAACCUAAGAAGGCAAAAACAGCAGGCAAAGCUGCAGAGAAUACCAAAGGAAGAAAACAAACAGGCAACCAGUCCAAUAUUAAUGUUGGGAAUAGAUUUGCAAGUUUGGAUGUGGAUGAGUUAGCUUAACUUUAACUGGACAGUGAUGGAACAGUCUACACUAAUUUGCAGACACUUGCUUUUUCAGUGUUAGCUGCAUUGAUCAUCAGAAAGGCUAAUGACAAUGUAAUUUUUAUUCUAAAAGACAACAUAUUUUGUAAUCCCAUAUAUCACUGAGAUGUCAGAUUAUAGACGUUCAGCUGUUCACGAUUACAUUUUCCAUAAUUCUUUCCCAGCAAUUAGACACCCAAGAUUCAACUGUACCUGAGGUCAAUUGUAAUUUGCCAGACAUUAAUACAAGCAGAUUUCUGGGGGGUUUGUUUUUGCUACUGCCAUCAGCAUACACAAUUAGAAGCCAUGCACUUAAGUACCCACUAUUGUUAGCAUAAGAAUCCUUAAGAAGUUUCCCUUGCUUUGUUUAUAUACCUUCAAUAAAGAGAUGUUAGUCCAUUUUAUCGGAUACUGUACAUAUCUAUCGGCCCAAAACAUGACCUUCCACCAUGCUUAACAGAUGAGAUGGAGAGCUAUGGAUAAUUUAUAGGGUCCUUUCUUUUUCAUACCCUCCCUUCCUUAAUUUGCACACAUUUAUCUUUUCAUAAGAUUGUGUUCCAUAAAUGUACAUAUUGUUAAUGUCUUUGUUAGCAAACAUGAAAACCGUUUUUAAGCUUUUCAAUGGUUGUUUAUCUUUUAUGAUACGCCUGCUCUUGGGUUACUAUGGCUUGCUAUGGUCCUUCUGUGCCUACGUUCUGGACACUCAUGACGUUUGAAUUAAUACUAGUAUAUUAUUUACAUUUUGGUUAUUCAGUGCUUAGAGCCCAGGAUAAUGUUCUUGACCUGUUGAAAAAGGGGCUUUUCUACACAAUUCCUUUGUUUUAUUUUUUUUAUUUCUUUACUGAAUAACCCCGUAUUGUGUAUAAGUUAUGUGUACAUUUUAAUGUAUGUAGAGUGAAGUUCAAAUUUUAAACCAAAUUAGCCAAAAUGAACAUGUAAUUAACA